GCCUCGGGGCGAUCGGGGCGCGCCGAGUCGGAGCCCGCGGCGCGCCUGAAGUUGCCGGCGGCGAGACGCGGCGGUGGCCUGCAGCGGAGCCGGCGGCCGGGGGGGCCCGGCCCGGAGGAGCGCAGAGCCGGGCGCGACGCGGCGCUUCUCCGCACACGCACACGGAGCCAUGAGGUGCCACGUUGCCACCAGCUACCUCGUAGGCUGGCUGUUUGUGCUGAUCUCUGGAUGCUGGGGCCAGGUGAACCGACUGCCCUUCUUCACCAACCACUUCUUUGACACAUACCUGCUGAUCAGCGAGGACACGCCCGUGGGUUCCUCUGUGACCCAGUUGCUGGCCCGAGACAUGGACAAUGACCCCCUGGUGUUCGGCGUGUCUGGGGAGGAGGCUUCCCGCUUCUUUGCCGUGGAGCCCGACACAGGUGUGGUGUGGCUGCGGCAGCCGCUGGACAGAGAGACCAAGUCUGAGUUCACAGUGGAGUUCUCUGUUAGUGACCACCAGGGGGUGAUCACGCGGAAGGUGAACAUACAGGUCGGGGACGUGAAUGACAACGCACCCACGUUUCACAAUCAACCCUACAGCGUCCGCAUCCCUGAGAACACGCCGGUGGGGACACCCAUCUUUAUCGUGAACGCCACGGACCCCGACUUGGGUGCAGGGGGCAGCGUCCUGUACUCCUUCCAGCCCCCGUCCCCGUUCUUCGCCAUCGACAGCGCCCGCGGCAUCGUCACGGUGGUCCGCGAGCUGGACUACGAGACCACGCAGGCCUACCAGCUCACCGUCAACGCCACGGAUCAAGACAAGACCAGGCCUCUGUCCACCCUGGCCAACUUGGCCAUCAUCAUCACAGAUGUCCAGGACAUGGACCCCAUCUUCAUCAACCUGCCUUACAGCACUAACAUCUAUGAGCAUUCUCCUCCGGGCACAACCGUGCGAGUUAUCACCGCCAUCGACCAGGAUAAAGGACGUCCCCGGGGAAUUGGCUACACCAUCGUCUCAGGGAAUACCAACAGCAUCUUUGCUCUGGACUACAUCAGUGGGGCGCUGACCUUGAACGGCCUACUGGACCGAGAGAACCCCCUGUACAGCCACGGCUUCAUCCUGACGGUGAAGGGCACAGAGCUGAAUGAUGACCGUACUCCAUCUGAUGCCUCAGUCACCACGACCUUCAACAUCCUGGUUAUUGACAUCAAUGACAAUGCCCCGGAGUUCAACAGCUCUGAAUACAGUGUGGCCAUCACCGAGCUAGCACAGGUGGGCUUUGCCCUACCCCUCUUCAUCCAGGUGGUGGACAAGGAUGAGGGCCUGAACAGCAUGUUUGAGGUAUACCUGGUAGGGAACAAUUCCCAGCACUUCAUCAUCUCCCCGACCUCUGUCCAAGGAAAAGCAGACAUUCGUAUCCGGGUGGCCGUCCCCCUGGACUACGAGACUGUGGACCGCUACGACUUUGAUCUCUUUGCCAAUGAGAGUGUGCCCGACCACGUGGGCUAUGCCAAGGUGAAGAUCACCCUCAUCAACGAGAAUGACAACCGGCCCAUCUUCAGCCAGCCACUGUACAACGUGAGCUUGUAUGAGAACGUCACCGUGGGGACCUCUGUGCUGACAGUGCUGGCAACAGACAAUGACGUGGGCACCUUUGGGGAAGUGAACUACUUCUUCAGCGAUGACCCUGACCGGUUCUCUCUGGACAAGGACACCGGACUCAUCAUGCUGAUUGCCAAACUGGACUAUGAGCUCAUCCAGCGCUUCACCUUGACAGUCAUCGCCCGGGAUGGGGGUGGUGAGGAGACCACAGGCCGGGUCAGGAUCAAUGUGUUGGAUGUCAACGACAAUGUGCCCACCUUCCAGAAGGAUGCCUAUGUGGGGGCCCUGAGAGAGAAUGAGCCUUCUGUCACACAGCUGGUGCGGCUCCGGGCCACGGAUGAAGAUUCCCCUCCCAACAACCAGAUCACCUACAGCAUCGUCAAUGCUUCCGCCUUCGGCAGCUACUUUGACAUCAGCGUGUAUGAGGGCUAUGGAGUGAUCAGCGUGAGCCGUCCCCUCGAUUAUGAGCAGAUACCCAAUGGGCUGAUUUACCUGACAGUCAUGGCCAAGGAUGCUGGCAACCCCCCUCUGAACAGCACCGUCCCUGUCACCAUCGAGGUGUUUGACGAGAACGACAACCCGCCCACCUUCAGCAAGCCUGCCUACUUCGUCUCCGUGGUGGAGAACAUCAUGGCAGGAGCCACAGUGCUGUUCCUGAACGCCACGGACCUGGACCGCUCCCGGGAGUAUGGUCAGGAGUCCAUCAUCUACUCCUUGGAGGGCUCCUCCCAGUUUCGGAUCAACGCCCGCUCAGGCGAAAUCACCACCACCUCCCUGCUUGACCGCGAGACCAAGUCUGAAUACAUCCUCAUCGUCAGAGCGGUGGACGGGGGUGUGGGCCACAACCAGAAAACUGGCAUUGCCACCGUGAACAUCACCCUUCUGGACAUCAAUGACAACCACCCCACCUGGAAGGAUGCCCCCUACUACAUCAACCUGGUGGAGAUGACCCCUCCAGACUCUGACGUGACCACGGUGGUGGCCGUGGACCCGGACCUGGGGGAGAACGGGACCCUGGUGUACAGCAUCCAGCCGUCCAACAAGUUCUACAGCCUCAACAGCAGCACAGGCAAGAUCCGCACCACCCACGUCAUGCUGGAUCGGGAGAACCCUGACCCCGAUGAGGCGGAGCUGAUGCGCAAGAUUAUCGUCUCUGUCACCGACUGCGGCAGGCCCCCCCUGAGAGCCACCAGCAGUGCCACAGUGUUUGUGAACCUCUUGGACCUCAAUGACAACGACCCCACUUUUCAGAACCUGCCUUCCGUGGCUGAGGUGCUGGAAGGCACCCCGGCGGGGGUCUCUGUCUACCAGGUGGUGGCCAUCGACCUGGACGAGGGCCUGAACGGGCUGGUGUCCUACCGCAUGCAGGUGGGCAUGCCCCGCAUGGACUUCCUCAUCAACAGCAGCAGAGGCGUGGUGGUCACCACCAGCGAGCUGGACCGUGAGCGCAUCGCUGAGUACCAGCUGCGCGUCGUGGCCAGCGAUGCGGGCACCCCCACCAAGAGCUCCACCAGCACGCUCACCAUCCGAGUGCUGGACGUGAACGACGAGACACCCACCUUCUUCCCGGCCGUGUACAAUGUCUCCGUGUCCGAGGACGUGCCUCGGGAGUUCCGCGUCGUCUGGCUGAACUGCACGGACAAUGACGUGGGCCUCAAUGCCGAGCUCAGCUACUUCAUCACAGGUGGAAACGUGGAUGGGAAGUUCAGCGUUGGCUACCGUGAUGCCGUCGUGAGAACAGUCGUAAGCCUGGACCGGGAGACCACAGCCGCUUACACGCUCGUCCUGGAGGCCAUCGACAAUGGCCCCGUAGGUAAGCGGCGCACGGGGACAGCCACUGUGUUCGUCACCGUCCUGGACGUGAACGACAACCGGCCCAUCUUUCUGCAGAGCAGCUAUGAGACCAGCGUCCCCGAGGACAUCCCUGAGGGACACAGCAUCGUGCAGGCAGUUGAAGGCCACAGACGCAGACGAGGGCGAGUUUGGGCGUGUGUGGUACCGCAUCCUUCAUGGUAACCAUGGCAACAACUUCCGAAUCCAUGUCAGUAAUGGGCUCCUGAUGCGAGGGCCCCGGCCCCUGGACCGGGAGCAGAACUCAUCCCACGUGCUGAUAGUGGAGGCUUACAACCAUGACCUGGGCCCCAUGCGGA